GAAUUGCUAGCUAAGAGGCUAUAGACAUGGAUGUAAGGAAAAUUGUGGUAGUAGUGGAAGAUGUGGAGAUAGCAAGAACUGCACUUCAGUGGACUCUUCAGAAUCUGUUGAGAUACGGAGAUAUAAUUACUCUUCUCCACAUAUUCUCUAUCACAAGAUCCAAGAGCAAGAAGAAACUCAGGCUUUUACGCCUCCAAGGUUUCCAAUUGGCUCUUUCUUUUCAAGACAUAUGCAACAAUUUUUUCAAUACGAAGACAGAGAUUGUGGUGACACAAGGGGAUCAAGAUGGUGGAAAGAUUGGUGCUAUGGUUAGAGAAAUUGGGGCUUCUACUCUUGUUGCUGGACUUCAUGAACAGAGUUUUCUUUACAGGUUGGCCAUGUCCCACAACCACAUUGCUAGCAAUUUGAAUUGUAAAGUAUUAGCCAUCAAGCAACCAACCCCACUGAUGACCACAGGCACAAGGACAAAGACAAGGACCAUUUGUUUCCAAGAUAGUUCAACAAACAUGGACUUCUCACAAAUUGAAAUUAACGCACUGAGUUUUCCAGAAGUCAUUCCACCAAAAAUUCCAUACCAUAUUUGUCCAGAUCGUCAUUCUAUCAUUUGGAGAUCAAGAAGAUCGAUGGUCAAGAAGAAACUAAUAAAUUCUGAAUAAUUUUGUCAUUUCGAUGAGGGAAUAUAUAUGUGCAUUUUCUCAUAUUGUAUUAUGCGAUGACAAAAAUGAUUCUACCUUUUAUGUUUG